AUGAAAGCUUCACGUCUUCUUCAUCUUCGUUGCUUGCUUCAGACUCGUUCACAAUGUCGAGGCAACAGUAUUCUCGCACAAGAACCAUCUGGUCCGAAAAUGAAAACAGAAAUUCCUGGUCCACAAUCAAAACAGUUUAUGCAUGAAUUAGAAAAAACUCAAAAUGCAUUGAGUACAAUAUUUGUUCUUGAUGUUGAAAAAUCUAUUGGAAAUUAUGCAGUUGAUAUGGAUGGCAACAUUAUGUUGGAUGUUUAUGAGCAAAUUGCUUCUCUUCCUUUAGGUUACAAUCAUCCAGCUAUUCAAAAAGUUUUUCAAGAUUCAAAAAAUCUAAGUCAACUUGUCAAUCGACCAGCACUCGGAGUUCAUCCAACACCUCAAUUUAUAAAACAAAUUGAGCAAACACUUCUUCCAAUUGCACCUAAAGGUCUUGAAUAUGUUCAACCAAUGAUGUGUGGUUCAUGUUCAAAUGAAAAUGCAUUCAAAGCAAUUUGUAUUUGGCAUGCAAAUAAGAAUCGUGAUGGAAAACCAUUCACUGAAGAAGAAUUAAAAUCAUCAAUGUAUAAUAAAGCACCAGGAUGUCCAACUGUUUCGUUAAUGUCAUUCGAAGGAGCUUUUCAUGGUCGAACAUUUGGUGCAUUGGCAUGUACACAUUCCAAACCUAUUCAUAAACUUGAUAUUCCAAGUUUUGAUUGGCCCAUUGCACCUUUUCCAAGAUAUAAAUAUCCAUUAGAAGAAAAUCAACGAGAAAAUCAAAAAGAAGAUGAAAGAUGUUUAGCUCGUAUCGAAGAAUUAUUUCAUGAAUACAAGAAAAAACAAAAUCCCGCAGUUGGUGUUGUAGUUGAACCGAUUCAAAGUGAAGGUGGUGAUUUUCAUGGAAGUCCUACAUUUUUUCAACGCCUUCAAAAACUUACUAAACAGAAUGAUGCAGCAUUACUUAUUGAUGAAGUACAAACAGGUCUUGGUGCAACAGGAAAAUUCUGGGCAUAUGAACAUUUCAAUUUACCUGAAUCACCUGAUCUAGUUACAUUUUCAAAAAAAUUUCAAACAGGUGGCUAUUUUGCUAAAGCUGAAUAUCAACCAAAACAGCCUUAUCGCAUAUUUAAUACAUGGAUGGGUGAACCAGCAAAAUUAUUAGUACUUGAUGCUAUAUUAAAAACUGUUAAGCAAGAAAAUUUGAUUGAAAAUACAAAAAAAACUGGUGAUGUUCUAUUAAAUGGUUUAAAGGAGUUAAAUAAAAAAUAUUCACAAUUAAUUCUUAAUGCACGUGGUCGUGGAACAUUUUGUGCAUUUGAUAUGCCAAAUGCAUCUGUUCGAGAUAAAUAUCUUGUUCAAAUGAGAAAUGCUGGUAUUCAAAUGGGAGCAUGUGGUGAUGUUGCUAUACGUUUUCGUCCAGCAUUAAUUUUUACUGAAAAACAUGCUCAUAUUGUUCUUGAUAUAGCUGUUGUUGAUGAUGUCAUUUUAAUAUGUGAUGAAUUUUCAUUGAGACGUUUUGUACAACUAACAAAUGGGCCCGUUGAACUAAAAAAAGCUGGUCUUCUUCAAAAUGAUCGAAAAAAAAUUCAUUAUACAUUCGAUGAUCAAACAGAAAUGGUGGAAGAAUAUGAUGCAAAAACUAAUUUACUUUUAAUUCGAAAAUGGCGUCAAAAAUCAAGUAGUGGUUUAAAAACUGCAGCUGCAUCAGAUCUAUGGACAUUUGAAAUCGGUCAAAGUUAUGAAGCACGACCAAUAGCAGAUAAUACACUUGGUAUGACAGAAAGCACUACAACACCAAUAUUUUCACGUAGUGAUAAAAAUGAUUGUUUUGAAAUUCGUAUAAGAAAUUUACCGUAUCCAAUUGAUACAUAUCAAUUAACAAUUGAUAAAGAUAAACGAGAAUUUGUUUUAAGAACAACAAAUAAAAAAUAUUUUAAACGUUUUUCAAUUGCUGAUCUUGAUCGAUUAAAUCUUCCAUUAGAAGAAACUAAUUUAUCAUAUUCUCAUGCAAAUAAUACAUUAAUUAUAAGUUAUAAAAAACCAAAAGCUAUUCUUGACUUAGAAAAACAAGUACAUGAUGAAUUAAAAAAAUUAAAUAUGAAAAAAGAGGGUGAUAGUGAUUGUCCUUUUUAUAUUUUAGAUGUAAUUUAUAGACAAACAAAAAUGUUAUUUCAACGAAUUCUUUUAACUAGAUAUAAUCCUUCAAUAUAUUUUAAAUUUAUUCGUCUUGUAGCAACAUCAUCAGUACAAAUUGAAUUUAAAGAUGGUCUUGCAAGUAUAACAGUACCAUUACCAAGUAGAGGAGAAUCAUGUGUUUUUCAAUUGAAACCGUUUAAUACAACAGUUGGUGAUUUUAUUGAUAUAUUACAAAAAGAAGAUCGGGGUAUUGAUCGAGCAUCUGUAUAUCUUUCCGAUGGAUCUCGUCUUUCACGAAAUUCACCUUUUGAAUUAUUAUUUGAAGAGCCAUUUACAUUACGUCUUAAUGAAACAUCGUAUAAUGUUCAACCACCAACAUUAUUUGCUUCAAAUAAAUCAGCUCGAGAUAUGCUUUCUGAUGUAUCAAAUUCUGUUACGAAACUUUAUCAUGAUUUACGUCUCAAUCAAUAUGUUAUGUAUCGUGAACAUGAAUUAGAAAAACAAUUAGAAUUUUUACGUGAAUCUGUUCAACCACUGAAUGAAAUUCAUCAUCAACUUGCUACUAAAGCUAUUCGACGUUUAAAAUGGAUUCAAUGGUCGAUUUUUGCUGCAAUGUCAUUUCAAACCGGUAUUUUAUUUCGUUUAGUAUGGAUUGAUUAUAGUUGGGAUAUAAUGGAACCUUUUACUUACUUUAUUUCAUAUUCAGCUGUAUUUAUGGGCUAUUGUUAUUAUAUACUUCGUCGAAAUGAUAUGAAAUAUAUGAAUAUGUCUGAUUAUUUUUAUUUAAAAAUUUUACAUCGUUUAUUGCAAAAGAAAAAUUUUGAUUUACCACGUUAUAAUGCAUUGAAAAAUGAAAUAAUGAUGGUUGAACAUGAUCUUCAACGACUUAAAGAUCCAUUAGAUCGUAUUAUAGGAACAUCAUAA